AUGGAUAUUUUCUGGAACCACACAUUAUAUAUUUCUUGCUAUACCAGUUUGGAAGAAUCUGACAAUGACGAUUUGAACAACAACCUGAGUGAACUUAGUACCAAUUCUGCAGACGAGACAGUCUCUGUAUCAAGUAGUGGAUACGAAUUUGAGCUUGAUCCAGCAGCUAAACUCCUUGCUCAAGAAGUUCAUUCAGGCCGUUUACCUCAAACCCACCUGUUUUAUCGCUUAGUGGUGAAUUCACUCAAAUUUGCGACCAAAAUUAGGGACGCCACCAAUCAAUUUCAUCACGAUCCAGUUAUUCGAAGCUUUUGCGAAACCAUUAAGCGAAGGGGACACUCAAGAACAUUUAACCUGCUUAUGGGUAAACGGAUGUUUAAAAGAGGAAGAGGGUCAACUCACGAGUUUCGCUGGGAGGAUAACAAUAUCCCAUUACCUUUACCGUCAAGCAGAAAAGAAGGGUACGUUUACCAAAGUGGAUUAAUCCAGGCAUACUUAAUAGCCUUCCUUAGAAUUGCUUUCAGUAAAAGAAACGACGUCAAAUCACUUGUUGACAGCGACAUACUUAAGGUUAUACCGGUGUCCUUGGCUAAGGAUGGUUUCACCCUAAAACCAAGCUUCGAAGUGGAUCAACACGCUAUGUUAGUUGUUGGAGGUCAAGAGUUGUACAAUUUAGAUUAUGUACAAGAAAACCAAAACAUUCCCCAUUUUGCAGAGAAAUUUGUAACCGAGGUUGAAAUAAUGGGCAUCACAACUCUCGAUAACAAAACAUCAUUAAUUGUUGGAAACGAUUUUGUUGGUUCAGAAGGGGAUGGACGCUCAACUCUGCAGUGCCAUGUGCAAAGGCUCAGGGAAGUGAAGGUUUAA